CACAAGUGGAAGACAAGACAACAAUUAUUUCCUACCUUCCUUCUCUUUUCUUCCUCUCUUGUCUCAAAUCUCUUCUUUCUCAUACUCAACAAGCAUAAGGACUUGAAGUUUGAAUUUGAAUUUCAUAUAGACCCUUUAUUUCCUUUCAAGAUUUUCUUAACUUUCUUGUCUCAAAAACUAAUCUUGAUCACAAAAGGAUAGAAUUCAAGAAAGAUUCUCUAAGGUAAUUGAAGAAAACAAGAUGGGUGUUAUGUAUGAAGAGAUAAGAAGAAACCAAGAAUUAGACUCAAAACAACACUAUCACCAACAAAACAAUUCAACACUAUCAACUCCAUUGUUUACAAACCUUAUUGACAACAACAAUAAUCAUCAUCAUGGCUAUAUCAACAAUGAAGAAUCUUUUACAACUGAGAAUUAUCUUCCAUCCACAAGCUCGGAAAUGGACACUAUGUUAUCCAAGUUGAUGUCAUCCAACAAUGGAUGGAACAAUUGUGAAGAGACUUUGCAAGAGUUUGAUGUGAAGGUUGUGAAGAAAGAAAUAGGUGAACCUGUUGGACAGAAUGGCGAUUACACUUAUGGUGGAUCUGAGUUGAUUUAUCAAGGCUUUUCAAGUGGUUCUGGUAGUGGUUUUUAUGGAUCUUUUGGUGGAGGAAACUUUAGGGAUUCUGAGAAUUGUGCUCAAGAUAAAAUGGGUGUGAGGAGUUGCAAUAAUCUUGUUAGGCAAAAGAGUUCACCUGCUGGAUUUUUCUCUCAUGAAAAUGGUGUUACAACAUUGAGAGAAGACUCAAAUGGACAAGAAACUUUACAUGGUACACUUAACUUCUCAUCUAUGCCAUCUACAUGUUUGAAAAGAAUGCCACAAAUUGCUGAAAAUAGAAUCCAAAGUCUAGAAGCAAAUGGUGACUCCAAAUCUCAUCAUAUGCCUAGCUUCACAAAUGAAUUUUGGGACAACUCAUCUUUCAAUGCUCAAAAAACAGAAACUGAAGAUGAAAUCAUGUUUUCUACUUCAAAUGGUUUGGAAUCUCAUGAAGCUGAUUUUCGCUAUCAAAAUCUUGGUUUGACUCAUCAUUUGAGUUUGCCUAGUUCUUCAACUAAGAUAACAACAUCCAUAGAAAAGUUUCUUCAAAUUCAAGAUUCCGUUCCUUGUAAAAUUCGAGCGAAGAGAGGGUUUGCAACUCAUCCAAGAAGCAUUGCAGAGAGGGUAAGAAGAACGCGAAUUAGUGAUAGAAUCAAGAAACUGCAAGGUCUUUUUCCGAAGUCGGAUAAGCAAACGAGUACAGCAGAUAUGUUGGAUUUGGCAGUUGAGUACAUUAAAGACUUGCAAGAACAGGUUCAGAUACUCACAGAUUGUAAAGAAAAAUGCAAAUGUAGAAGUCAUGAGAAGCAACACUCUAGACAUUGUAGCUGAAUUACUCCCUUUAGAUAGCAAAAGGGAGCAUAAUUUUUGUGUAAAUAUGAAAAAAUAAUAUUUAAUGAGUGUGCCAAAGUUGGCAAUUGUAAUGAUAGAAAAUAAUGUUGAUAUUUGCCUAUAGUAUGAGUUUAGGUCCAUGAGAUUUCAAUUAUUUUAAAAAUUUUGUCUUGUGAUUUUUCUUUUAGUUUAAUUAUAGGAUCAUUAUGUAAUAUCAUGUUUAUAGUUGGGGUGUUUCUUUGUAGCUCUUCAUUUUACAUGUAAAAAGUUUGAUUGCAAUACAUACUAAUCUUCUAGAA